AAACCUUUCUCUUUCAUCUCUCUCUUUCUCUCUCCCGAGAUCUACCUCGAUCUCUCACACAGAAAAGCAUUUGACCCGACAUAUUCGGAUCAUCAGCCGUCCCAUCCCAGCAGCCGUGGCUCCGUCAGGCCUCUCCCGCAGAAAACCCACUUCUUCCAACUCCCCAUCGCCAUCACCAUCACCCAAUCACACUCCAAUUCAGAAUCCGACCCGCAUUGUAUACGGAGAACCCGAUCCGAACAUCCCUUUCUGGCAACGGACCUGGUUCCUGAUCCUACUCCUCGUUAUGGGUUUGUCUUCAUUCGCUCUCGCCGCCUUCCUGUUCGUAACCCUCGAUCCUGAUUACACUUCCUCUCCCGUUUACGCUGCUUCCUCUGAGGGCGUGGAGAUUACUUAUGGUUCUGUUAUCAAGCUUAUGCAUGAAAGGACGAAAGUUCGGUUGCAUUCCCACGAUGUCCCAUAUGGUUCUGGUAGUGGUCAGCAGUCAGUCACUGGUUUUCCCAGUGUUGAUGAUUCCAAUAGCUACUGGAUUGUUAGGCCUGAGCUAGAAUCAUCCGCUAAACAAGGGGACACAAUUAAAAGUGGAACAAACAUCCGAUUGCAACAUAUGAGGACAAGGAGAUGGCUCCAUAGCCACUUGCAUGCCUCCCCGAUUUCUGGCAAUCUCGAGGUGAGCUGCUUUGGAGGGGAUGGUAAUUCUGAUACUGGAGAUCAUUGGAGUCUUGACUUAGAGGGAGGUGGGAUGACUUGGAGGCAAGAUCAAAGGAUCAGGAUUCACCACGUUGACACCAGUGGUUAUCUUCACAGUCAUGACAAGAAGUACACUCGAAUAGCCGGAGGUCAACAAGAGGUUUGUGGUGUCCGAGAGAAGAAGGCAGAUAAUGUUUGGUUGGCAGUGGAGGGUGUCUACCUCCCAAUUACAGAAACCAAGUAGAAGUCACCAAGGUUUGACUAGACAAAGCAUUUCGCUCUCUUGGAGGGGGUUCGUUUUUUCCGGGAUCUAAGCAUCCUCAGAAUCUUGAGCAUCACAAAUUUUAAACUUGAUAUACAGUGACAGGCUAACCAUGUGUUCUUGAACAAGUUGUUCUUAUCACAAUUUAGUGGAACGCAUUUGGUUGCUUCUAA